CAUUGCUGCAUUCAGGUGUGUGUUCACGUUGUACAGCAGCACAUUUGCUAUUAAGUCGUCAGAAGUUUGCCGGAAAUAAUUUGGUAAUCAUACGCAAUAGUUGUUCGUGAAGAGGUGACUUACAGAUCGGCUGAUUCUUAUUUACUUGGAGCAACUAAAAACCGGCAAAAUGUCAGAUUGGGAUACAUACACAGUGUUGAAGAAGAGGGUCGCGAAAGGAUCCACAAUGAAGAGCGAGCAGGCGGUGAACGCAGCCAGAAGACAGGGGGCUCAAGUUGACACCCAGCAGAAAUGGGGUGCUGGCAGCAACAAGCAGCAUGCUGCAACUAAAAACACAGCAAAAUUGGAUAGGGAGACAGAGGAGCUGCGCCACGAGUCCAUUUCACUCGAUAUUGGAAAGCUGAUCCAGCAAGGCAGACAGUCAAAAAAUAUGAGCCAGAAGGAGUUGGCCACGAAGAUCAACGAGAAGCCGCAAGUCAUCACCGAUUACGAAGCAGGCCGCGGUAUUCCGAAUAACAUAAUCCUCGGAAAAAUCGAACGGGCGAUCGGUUUAAAACUGCGCGGUAAACGAUAAUGGCCAAAAAUCCAUGGUCGUCAAUAAAAUGACUACACUUAAGUGUAUGACUUAAUAAUUGUUGGGGGAUAUUUCAACAACAACUAAUCUUUGUCAUUACGCUCUUUCUUUUUUUUUUAAUAAAAACUUAUUUACAGAUAUAUUGGUACAAUAGAUAUGUAUGUAACUUUAAUAGAUUACUUUUUGUGCUUUAUGAACGACUGUUUAUUAAUAUUCUUGCAGUAUAUUAAAAAUUGAUCUAAAACGC